GGUCUCAGCUGAAAGCUGACAGUAUUCAUAGAAAGUUGAGUGGAAGGAAAAAGUGACCCAGUUAGAAGCUCAGCCUUGACUGGAUUGUUAAGCAGAAUCCAUGCGUCUGAUCCUCCAGAAAGUUUCUCCAAGGGUGGAUGUGAAUCUAAAUCUUGUUGCCAUGGAGAUUAAAUGAUUUCUCAACACUCCGGUUCCGGUCUGGUUCCGGUUCCAGUUUCAGCCCGGCCCAGGGUUUGAUGAGGAGUAACAUGAUGGAAGCUUUCAGCUGGUUUUCCAUGAGACCGUCCCUUUAAAACAGAGCUGGUGUAGAAACAAGAGGUCUCACUCUGACAAGCAGUUAAAACCAGUUUGUUCUUCCUGCCGGGACGUUUCUGUCGUUUAUCUGCCGAGCAGCACGUCAUGAUAAAAGAACUCCAGAAUGUUCAGUGAAGCUCCUGUUGAAAAAAAAAUUAUUUCAUGAACUCCUCGAGUGAAACAUACAUAACUGAAGCUUUAACACAUUUAUUUCUCCUCAUCAUGUUGAUUUGCUGCUCAUAAAUAAAAACACAUUAAAGAUCCGAAUGUUACAUCCAAUAUUUUGGACAACAGAAAUGUCUUCUUACUGAGAAGUUUGUUUAAAACGUCAUUAAAGGCCGUUUUUAAAGUGGUUCAAUAAAUAAUUUCCUGAUUUAAUGUAACUGACUGCUGUCGCCAUGACAACACAACCGUGACCGAGAUAAUAAAUCUGCUCAGGAUUUUAAUAAAAGUAACUGAUCCCUUUAAAGCUCUGCAUGAAAUCUGGAUUCUCACCGGAUCCAGAUUAAAAUUCAGGAACAUCUGUCCCAACCAGAGAUUAAACUGAUGCAGUUUCUCGAGUACAAACUGAGCUCUGAUUGGCUGGCUGACAUUCAGGGGGCGGAGCUUCACCAUCCUGGGUCUGGUUCUGGGUCUGGGUCUGGUUCUGGGUCUGGGCUGAAGAUGAGGGACAGAAAUAGAGAAGCUCUGAAGACAGACCUGCUCUUGAUCCAGACCAGAACCGGUCCAGAACUGGGGAUUAGCUCCUCCCCCAUCACUUCCCCUCUUCCCCAGGUGGCUGCAGGAAGCUCCGCCCCUCUGAUCCUCUCUGAGCUGCUGACACACACUGUCGGAUUCUCUCUCUCGCCCCGGUUCGGUCCGGUAGGCAUGCUGGGCCUGCUGGCUGCCGGUUCUGUUUUCUUCCCGGGAAUCUUCCUGGGAUCAAAGCAAAUCCUGGAGCGGCUCAUGGGACGGAGUGAGGCGGACGCAGUGGUGAUCUCCGCACGUCUGGUGUCGUCUCUCCAGGCCGUCAUGGCGUCCUCGGCCGGAUGGACCAUCGUCUCGUCCUGCAGGGACGUCAUGGAGGACAGGCACUGGCUGGCCGACGCCUACAUCCUGUUCGCCACGCCGUAUUUCUGCUACGACCUGGUGGCCAUGUUCCUGUGCUACUGGUUCAGGCUGCGGGUCAAAGGUCACCAGGAGGCGGGGCUUGACGGCGGCUCGGUGCGCGCCGUAGUGUCGGGUUUCCUGCGCCGGGAGGUUCUGAUGGUUAUGCAUCACGUCUUCAUGGUGGCCUUCUGCUGCCCCGCCUCUCUGGUGUGGCGCCGGGGGCGGGGCGAUUACUUCCAGGGCCUUCUCUUCCUGGCUGAGCUCAGCACGCCGUCUGUCUGUCUGGGGAAAGUUCUGAUCCAGUUCCAGAAGCAGGACUGGCUGUUGCAUCGGAUCAACGGCGCCGCCCUGCUGCUCAUCUUCUUCUGCUGCAGAGUUCUGCUGUUCCCCUACCUGUACUACGCCUACAGCAGGUACGCAUCCAUCCCACUGUACCGGGUCCCCCUGGUGGCUCCCUGGCAGUGCAACGUGGGGGCCGCCCUGCUGUGGCCCCUGCAGCUCUACUGGUUCAGCCUGAUCUGCAGAGGAGCGCUGAGGGGACGAAGACAGGGAGGGGACGGGGACAAUGAGGGGACGCUGAGGGGACAUGGACACACUCAGGGGACGAAGACAGGGAGGGGACGGGGACAAUGAGGGGACGCUGAGGGGACAUGGACACACUCAGGGGACGAAGACAGGGAGGGGACGGGGACAAUGAGGGGACGCUGAGGGGACAUGGACACACUCAGGGGACGAAGACAGGGAGGGGACGGGGACGCUGAGGGGACAUGGACACACUCAGGGGACGAAGACAGGGAGGGGACGGGGACAAUGAGGGGACGCUGAGGGGACAUGGACACACUCAGGGGACGAAGACAGGGAGGGGACGGGGACAAUGAGGGGACAUGGACACACUGAGGGGACAUGGUCACACUGAGGGGACGGGGACAAUGAAGGGAUGGGGAGGUUUUCUCUGUUUGGUUCUUUUGGGUCUUUUUGAUUUUUCUGCUAAUUUCCUCAGUUCUUCGUCUAUAAUUCAUAUUUUUUAUUUUUUCAUGUUGCUUUUUGUGGGGUUUGUAUUUAAAAUGUUGUAAUAAUAACUUGAUGAUAAUAAACAUCCAAAACAAAUCAAAUAUUUAAUCACUGAAGACGUUGGUUGAAACUGCAGAGCGGAGAAACAUUUUUAUAUUUUCUUCAAACUUUAAUUUGUUGCUAAACGAAAUAAAAAUGAAUA